AUGGGGAGCAGCGAUCUUGAACAAAACAGAGGCCUGUACAACGAGACUAGCGAAGCCGACAAAGAUCAGGGAGGAGAUGUUUCUAAUGAUUCGAAUGCAUUCCUCGUCACUUUCAGCCCAGAUGAUAUCCAAGAUCCGCUCAACUGGUCGAUGAAGCGGAAAUGGAGUAUCACAGCGGCUAUUUCUGGCACGGGCUUCCUCCGCAUCAUGGUCUCGACGAUGAUGGCUCCUGCGAUCGACACAAUAGCGGAGGAGCUGAACAUGUCAACCACAGAAUCGACUAUGGCAUUGUCAGUGUACCUGCUCGCCACCGCGUUCGGCCCCAUGGUCAUCGGCCCUCUCUCCGAGGUUUACGGCCGGAGCUCCAUCUUCCACUUCACAAACAUCUGGUUCCUGGUCUGGAACCUCAUCUGCGGCUUCGCCAACUCAAAGGGCCUCCUGAUCGCCGCUCGCCUGCUUGCUGGCUUCGGCGCCAGCGCCGUGUACAGCAUGGCAUAUGGCGUUCUUGGCGACGUGUGGUCGGCCAGGCAGAGAGGGAGGUCCCUGAGCCUCUACCUGCUCGUCCCGCUCACCGGCGCCGCCAUCGGCCCCAUUAUCGGCGGCUUUAUUGUGCGAUAUUCUACCUGGAGGUGGAUGUUUUGGGCCACCACCAUCCUGCAGGGCCUUUUGGAGCUAUCCUCGCUGUGGCUGUUCCGCGAGAGCUACGCACCUGUGCUCCUCCGCCGGCGGGCUCAGGAGCUGCGCGCUGAGACAGGCGACUCCCGCUUCCACGCCGAGAUCGAGAUGCGCGAGUCCGGGCGCUCAGCCGCGUGCAUAAUCAGCCACAGUCUGUCGCGACCGAUCCGCCUCCUCGCGUUUCACCCCAUCAUCCAGAUCCAAGCCAUACUCGAGGGCCUCAACUACGGCCUGCUGUACUUUGCACUGGCCAGUUUCUCCUCUCUGUACGUGUCGGCGUACGGCGAGUCAGCCGACAUGUCGGGCCUGCACUACAUCGCCAUCUGCGCCGGCGAGAUCUUGGGGUCGCAGCUGUGCGGGCCGCUGAUGGAUCUGGCCUACAGAAGGCUAACCUCGCGUACCGGAGAGGCAUACGUGCCUGAGCUGCGCGUCCCGUUGAUGAUUCCGGGGGCCCUCUUCACGCCAGUUGGCUUCUUGGUCUAUGGCUGGGCCGCGCAGCAUCACCUUUUCUGGCUCGUCGUCGACGUCGGUGUCGCCCUGCUAUCCCUCGGGAUGCAAGUCUUCGACACCCCGCUCCAUGCCUAUGUCAUGGACGCUUACCCGGAACACAUCAGCUCGGCAUCGGCUGCUACCCAGCUGCUGAGAAGCUUGUUGGCCUUUGCCUUUCCGCUCUUUUCACAUAGUAUGUACAAGGCAAUGGGCUACGGGUGGGGCAAUACCCUGUUGGCUUUCCUUUCUGUCGGUAUCACGUUCCCGGCUAUUGGCAUUCUCUGGCGCUUCGGUGCCAAGUUGAGGGGCAAGCAGCAGGCAAGCUAUUAG